AUGGCUCCUAAGCCGAAUCUGGCUCCAGACUUUUCUUCCAUCGAUGGUAGGGUUCGGAUUUUCCUCGUUAGGUCCUCUUUCGUCGUAGGAGGGGAGAAAGUUGUGGUUUGGAGGGAGAAGUAUAGCCUCUCCGAGGACGUUGCCAUUAGGAUCCCUGGCCCUAUCGAUAGGGUUUCGUACUUUGAGAUCGAUAAGAUCCCUGUUUACAAGGGGUUCUUCGAGUCCAGUUUCAGAAACAGAGUUCCCUCGCUGGUGGCAAAAGAUCUGGUCAUCGGGGUUGCUGAGGUCUUGUGUCACUACUCUGUGUCUCCUUUGAAUAGUGGAGAAGGGAGGUACUAUCUUCAUCCUUGUAGCAAAAUACCCCUCGUUCAGGAAAUUCCUAUAGAGGAACGGAAGCGUGAUCCAGUCUUUGAGGGUUGUUGGAACGAGAAAUUUGUAUUUAUGCAUCUUCCAGGAUUUUAUCCUGUUUGGCAAGCAGCUGGUGGGUCGUAG